GCAAGCGACGUCCAUUUCUCGCGCGUCAAUGAGCAAUGCUGGAGCACAAUCAACACCUCUCCUGAUCUCAAUUCAAUCGAUCCCCCAAGGGUGCGGCCAUCCCGAGCGCGUUCCACGAGAUCGCGGUAGAGAUGGUGUUGCAGGCCGAGCCGACUUGACCACCGCCCAACAUGUUCCAGGCAUUGAUUGGAAAGGCGCAGCAGUUCAUUGAUAUCCCUAAUCCCUUGGCCAGCUCGAACGCAGAUCGCCCAUCGAAAGCGCAACUGUUCAGACACCAGUUUCGCCUACCCGAUUCUCAAUCGCCUCUAUUCGAGAUCACGGCCGAAGUCACACUUCCAAAGAGCAAGAAACAAAGCCCUAGCACCCCCAAGUCUGGCCAGCCGAAGAGUUGGGACAAGAGCAAUUGGGAUCAAGAUCGCGAGAAGGGAACACAUUAUCUGGGCCAACUACACUUGAGCGAACAAUUCCUCUGCUUCUCCACCGUCAACACCUCCUUCGUCAGCACUGCAAGCACCUCCGCUUCCACCGCCUUCAACGGGCGAACAAACGGCACUGGCCCUUCCGGAAAUGGCUUCACGCUACCCCUCUGUGCCGUGCGAAGAGUGGAAAGGUUACAUACCCAAAGCUACAUGUUUGCCUUGUCAAUCACGACCUGGAAUGGUUCCGAUGCAGGCACAGACGCCAAACCCGGCGCGCCAGCUCCCCCAAAGCUGACCAUCCAACUCGAAGGCAGUCGGCAGCAAUGCGAACGAUUCUGUGAUGGCUUAAAGAGAGGCUUGCGGCAGGGUAUCAAGGAGGUUGAAAAGAUGCGGACCGUUGGCCGGGACUGCUAUUCGGAAUACUUUCUAUACGAUGAAUUCGAUAUGAAACCCAGUCCGACGCUGCCGAACGGGACUUCAAGGACGCCCCCGGAUACUGGCCUGGGCAGUAUAUUCAAAUACCCUGGCAAUCCACGAAAAUUACGAGACCGGAGCAAGAUGCGGCUGUGGCACGAAUAUCUGAAGGAGAACGGCAGGAAUGCUACACUUGUCAGACAGCCGGACUUCCAUCGCCUCAUCCGUGUCGGACUCCCGAACUUGCUGCGCGGAGAAAUCUGGGAGCUGGCUUCCGGCGCAUAUUUCCUUCGACUACAAAAACCCAACCUCUACAAAGAGACGCUGGCCAAGUAUGAAGGGCAAGAAUCGCUGGCCAUCGAUGAGAUUGAGAAGGAUCUGAAUCGAAGCUUGCCGGAGUAUGCUGGGUAUCAGAGUGAGGAAGGCAUUGGCAGGCUACGACGAGUCCUGACCGCCUACAGCUGGGAGAAUCCCGAAGUUGGCUACUGUCAAGCGAUGAACAUCGUUGUCGCGGCCUUGUUGAUCUAUCUCUCCGAGCCUCAGGCCUUCUACAUCCUGUCAGUGCUGUGCGAUAGACUGCUUCCGGGAUACUAUUCGACGACCAUGUACGGAACUCUCCUGGAUCAGAAAGUAUUCGAGAGCCUGGUCGAGAAGACAAUGCCGAUUCUGUGGGAACACCUAUCAAGCAACGACGUGCAAUUAUCGGUCGUCUCUCUGCCUUGGUUUCUCUCUUUGUACAUCAACAGCAUGCCCUUGAUCUUCGCCUUCCGAGUUCUGGACGUUUUCUUCCUUGAGGGACCUAGGGUUCUAUUCCAGAUCGGCCUUGCAAUUCUACGCAUCAACGGAGAAGAGCUUCUCGAAGCUGCAGACGAUGGCGCAUUCAUCUCGGUGCUCAAAACGUACUUUGCGCAUUUGGGCGACUCGGCGCAUCCCAAAUCGGAGAAUCCCAAGCAUAGAGCAAUCACCAAUUUCCAGGCGUUGAUGGUCACGGCUUUCAAGGAGUUCGAGGGCAUCACACAGAGCGCCAUCUUGGAGCAGCGGUCGAAGCACAAAGCUGCCAUCCUCGAGAACAUUGAGUCUUUCGCCAAACGUACGUCUAUCAGGAAUCUCGGUCCCGAGAGCAAGAAGCUGAGCACGAACGAUCUCGGCUUUCUGUAUGACCGCUUUUUCACCGUGCUCUACGAGCGAGAGCAGCGAGCGAAGCUUCUUCAGGAGGAAAGCGACCGGAAGAAGAAAGCCGCAAAGCAAAAGGCGUCCGAUAUUGUUCAUGGCGCGUCCGGCAAUGCUCCAGAGAUUGGUCGCGUGGCGCUUGGACCUAGUCCCAGUCAAAUGGACUACGAUGCGUUCAGAGAGUUCCUAGCAGGCGUCGCGAGAUGGGCCGUGACGGACUCACCCAGCUCGCCAACGAAAGACGACAGCGCGCACAAGUCGCAGAAUGGCUAUUUCCACACCUUGAAAGCCAAGCCACUGAACACGUCCCCGUGGGGAUCGGGACCGGAGCCCGCAGAUCACGACUUCAUGCAGCGAUUGUUCAAGAAGUGGGACCUCGAGGGAGGCUCUGCUCUCACACUGCAGAACGUUGUUUCCGGCCUGGCUCCCAUCAAAGGGAACCGCGAUAUCAUGAGCAGCAUCGCCUACUUCUUCGAACUGUACGACGACGAUGCAGAUGGCAAAGUCGACCGCGAGGGCAUCUUACGGAUGUCAGAGGCGCUGCUGUUCCUGUCGAGACGAGGGGUCAACGACGGACUGUCAUCCAGCCCGAGCAUGACCAGCAUGAACGAUGGCGAGCUGGGUCCGGAAGGCAAGCGGAGGGAGAACAAAGACGAGCAAUUCCUCUCCGCCGUCUCGGCCUUUAUCCGCCGCUGCUUCGAAUACGCCGAUCCAGACCACCCAUCUCGCCAAGCCGAAGACGGCGUCACAUCCGCAAUGGACAAACCCACAGUCCAAGACACCCCCGCCAACCUCCUCGACCUAGAAGACGCUCCACAAACUCCCACAGACGCAGCGGCAAACUCCCCCCUCUCCCGCCCCUCCCCAAACGCCUUCGGCCAAAGCACCCCAAAACCCCAAGCCGUUGCCGCCAACGCCGCCCUCGACCCCUCCUCCCCAGUCCACAUUACCCUCCCCACUUUCCGCAUGCUCGUGCUCGCCGACGAAACGCUGGAAUCCUUCUUCGACUCCGGCUUCGCCAACUCCUUCCACCUGGCCGACGCCCCGCUGCCCAGCUCAACAGUGACAUCCCCCUCCUUCCUCACCCACAGCGGCAAGCUCGCCACGCCCGGCGGCCCCGCCAUCCCUGCUCUCAGCCCCGGAGGCGCGAGCGCAGGCGUCGUCCCACCUGGCAAGGGCCUGCGCGGCAUGCUCGAUAACAUCGUCACGGACGGGAUGCGCGUUGCAGUCGAGGUGCGGAGGCGCAUGGACGAGGCGCAAAAGGAGAUUGAUCGGGGCGGCACGACGCGCGGGACGGAGGAGGAUGACGACGAGGAUGGCGACGAUCAUGGGAGGGAUUUGCUUGAGGGCGCUGAGGCUGAUGCUGGGGCUGCGAGUCUUAAGACCGAGCCUAGUUUGUUGGAUGAGCCUGUUGGGGGUGAGGCGGGUGGGUCGGCGGCGGCGGUGCCGAGUACGCCUGGGGGGACGAGUGAUGUUGAGAAGACUACAAUGUUUGAGCGGUAGUUGAUGGGUGGGUUUGGUGUUGGGUUGGGGAUGGGAAGUUUCAUCUAGCGGGCGGCAGUUGAAUAGGGCGGAGGAGUUCACUGGGAGUGACAACACUGAUUCAUUCCAGU